AUGGGUGUCUCUGCCUUGAUGGAUAAAAUCAAGCCUGGAAAGGCUGAAUCUCAAUACCCAACUGCUACUCGUGCAGACUCGACUGCAGUUGAGAAAGAUAACCACACACUCGAUGAUAGCCCCGUCCAGUACCUGACCUGGCGGUCAUUCAUCCUUGGUCUAUGCGUUUCCAUGGGUGGUUUCAUUUUUGGAUACUCUACUGGUCAAAUCUCGGGUUUCACUACCAUGAUCGACUUCAAGCAGCGCUUCGCCGAGUAUGAUGCUGCCACCGGAGAAUAUGCUUUCAGUAACGUUCGCAACGGUCUGAUUGUCGGCCUGCUCUCCAUCGGAACUAUGGUUGGUGCCCUGGUGGCUGCCCCCAUUGCUGACCGUAUUGGCCGCAAGUACUCCAUCUCCUUCUGGGCUCUCCUCCAUAUCGUCGGUAUCAUUGUGCAGAUUGCCACUACAGACAAAUGGUACCAAGUUGCUAUUGGCCGUUUGGUUGCUGGUCUGGGUGUCGGUGCCCUUUCUAGCGUCGUCCCCAUGUACCAGUCUGAGUCUGCCCCCCGCCAGGUUCGUGGUGCCAUGGUCAGUGCUUUCCAGCUGUUCGUUGCCUUCGGUAUCUUCAUCUCCUACAUUGUCAACUUCGGCACCGAGACUCUCAAAAAUGCCGCGUCGUGGCGUAUCACCAUGGGUGUUGGCUUUGCCUGGCCCCUGAUUCUUGGUAUUGGUACCCUCUUCUUGCCCGAGUCCCCUCGUUUCGCCUACCGCCACGGUCGUACCGAAGAGGCCCGCGAUGUCAUGUGCAAGCUCUACGGUGUCUCUAGCAACCACCGUGUCGUUGCCCAGGAGAUGGCCGAUAUGAAGCAGAAGCUUGAGGAGGAGCUCGCCCACGGCCAUGCUCCCUGGCAAGAAGUCUUCACUGGCCCCCGCAUGUUGCACCGCAUCUUGCUCGGCGUUGCUCUGCAAUCUUUGCAACAGUUGACCGGUGCCAACUUCAUCUUCUACUACAGUACCAGUAUCUUCCAUGGUAUCGGUCUCAGCAACUCCUACGUCACCUCAAUCAUUCUCGGUGCCGUCAACUUUGGUAUGACCCUGCCCGGUCUAUACAUUGUCGAGCACUACGGUCGCCGCAAGUGUCUGAUGUACGGUGCCGCUUGGAUGUUUGUCUGCUUCAUGAUCUGGGCCUCCGUCGGUCACGAGAUCUUGAACAAUAACCCCUCUGCCCACUCCGCCGGUGUUACCAUGAUUGUCUUCACCUGCUUUUUCAUUGUUGGCUUCGCCACCACUUGGGGUCCUAUCAUCUGGGCUAUCUGCGGUGAGAUGUACCCCUUCAAGUACCGCGCUAUCUGCAUGGGCGUUGCUACCGCUGCCAAUUGGACCUGGAACUUUUUGAUUUCUUUCUUCACUCCCUUCAUCUCAAACACCAUCGACUUCCGCUACGGCUACGUCUUCGCUGCCUGCUGCUUCCUUGCCGUCCUCGUUGUCUUCUUCUUUGUCAACGAGACUCAGGGCCGGACCCUCGAGGAGGUCGACACCAUGUACGUCCUCCACGUUAAGCCCUGGAAGUCUGCUGGCUGGGUUCCCCCCGAGGGCAUCGUUGCCGACCUGCAGGGAUCUUCCACCGGGGGUCGCAAGGAGGUUGAAGCCGGCACUGGUGAGCACCAGCACCACGACGAGUCUCACGAAAUUCGCGAGGAGUGA